CCCGCCCCCCGCGGAGCCGGCGCCGGAACUGCCUAAGGGGAACCGGCAGACCGGCGCUGCAGGGGGCUGCGGCCGGCCGGGGUUGCCGCGGGGACGUGGGAUCCCGGCCGAGACCUCCGGGGGGCCUUCAGAGGCUGCCGAUCGAUCCUGGGGGCGCUGGGCACUCCUCGUCCCCCUGCAGGACUUCUUAGGAUUCGGAAUUUGCACGCGAUUCCCCAGUUAAGGCGGACUAAGGGCGCUCUCCAAGGAGGACGGACCCCAGAUCCCCCAAGAGUGCCUCUGCAGGGUCCUUAGGGUCCUCGAGGAGCCUGGAGGGAGCCAACUUGCCGCGGGCCUGAGCGAGCUCCCCGCGUGUGCGUCUCCCCAACCUCGACCCUGCAGUCCACCCUGUUCUCCUCCUCGUUGUCCCGGCCUUUGGUCCCGGCGAGGGCGGCGAGGGCUGGCGCCCCGAGGCGCGGGCCGGGCAGCCGGGACGAUCGCACGCGAGCCGCGGCGUCCCGGGAAGCAGGCGCAGGGACCGCGGGCUAAGGUCGGUCCUGAGAGAUCGGGAGCGGCGGCCGGGGUGGGUGCUGCGGGAGGGCAUGCCUGAGAAGUGGGAGGGGACAGGUUGAGGGGUGGUCUCUGAGGAGGAGCCUGGCUGGACUGUAUUGUUCGCCACUCGGCCGCCCGGAGCGCGCGGCGCUGGCCGAGGAGGACGCGCGGGGCGCUUCUCUCCCCGGGUUCACCGGUCCCCGGCACCCCGCGCUCUCCAGCGCGCCCCGAGACAACCGUGCGCAGGAGCCGGGAGCCGAAGGCCCCGCGAUGGCCUCGGGACGCAGCCGCAGGGAACCGCCGCGAAGACACCGAGGGGCCCCUCCCUAGCGGCGCGCAGCCUCCUCUGAGGGCCCCCCCACCCGCGGGAUGGGGGGCGGAGGGUCUGCUCUGAGGGUCUGCGCCGACCACCGCGGGGGCAUCAACUGGCUCAGCCUGAGCCCCGACGGACAGCGCCUGCUGACGGGCAGCGAGGACGGCACGGCCCGGCUCUGGAGCACCGCGGACGGCACGUGCUGCGCCCUCCUGCAAGGACACGAGAGUUACGUGACCUUCUGCCAGCUGGAGGACGAGGCCGCCUUCACCUGCAGCGCUGACUGCACCAUCAGGAAGUGGGAUGUGCUGACCGGGCAGUGUCUGCAGGUGUUCCGGGGACACACGUCCAUCGUGAACAGGAUCCUGGUCGCUGACAACCAGCUCUUCAGCAGCUCCUACGACCGGACGGCCCGUGCCUGGAGCGUGGACAGGGGGCAGGUGGCCCGGGAGUUCCGGGGUCACCGCAACUGUGUGCUGACCUUGGCCUACGCCGGGGCCCCCUGCGUGGAGGAGGCAGUGGCCGGGGGCCUCCUGGUGACAGGCAGCACAGACAGCACGGCCAAGGUGUGGCAGGUGGCCAGCGGCUGCUGCCACCAGACGCUGCGGGGCCACACGGGCGCCGUGCUCUGUCUGGUGCUGGACGUGCCGGGCCGCACAGCCUUCACGGGCAGCACGGAUGCCACCGUCCGCGCCUGGGACAUCCUGAGCGGCCAGCAGCUGCGCGUGUUCCGGGAGCACCAGGGCUCCGUCAUCUGUCUGGAGCUGGUAAACCGGCACGUGUACUCGGGCAGCGCCGACAGGACGGUCAAGUGCUGGCUGGCAGACACCGGCGAGCGCGUGCGCACGUUCACGGCCCACAGACACAGUGUGAGCGCCCUCAAGUACCACGCGGGCACCUGGGGGACUUCGUGGUUCAAGAGAGCUGCUGGUGUGCCAGCCAUCAUGUUUUAGGCAAGCGGGAAGAAGAGGAGGAAAGGGCAAAAUGUCUUCUAGAUGAGUAGACCCCUUUAAAGAUCUUUUCUGGAAGUCCCACCCAGAGACUUCGGCAUACAUCUCUCCGACUACUGCCUAUAAAAGAGACGGAACAAUAAAACCUCUUACCGGGGAUACUGCUGCCAGGACGAAUCAGAGUUAUUCUGGAAGGAAAGAAGGGUAGAGUGGCUUCCUGGGGAGUCAGCAAGCACUCUGUCCCGCAGAUCUCAGACUCUCACAUCUGGGCUUUCCUGGCUCUCUCCAAGUGGCUUGCCAUGUUUACAGCCCAGACACACCCAGAAGACAGGCACUGUGCCGGGAAACCAGAACGCACAACCUGACCACUCCUAGAUGGGAGUGGGGCCCCACGUUCCUGACAUUUCUUUCCUAAAACGAUCCCCAGUGUUAUAUUUUUCCAUCAGCACCCUUUUUCCAGUUAUUCUCUCUCCCUCUCUCCCUCUCUCUCUCUCCCUCUCUCUCUCCCUCUCUCUCUUUCUCUCUCUCUC